AUCUCUAUUCGAAGUCCCAUUUGAGAUCCGCAUCGCUUACAUGCUUACUCUAAAAACUCGAAACAUAACUAUAGUCUGUGCAUGCGAACAGUCAUUGUCAGCUGUCAGUGCUACUGACAUAUGACAAAAUCAAACAUUUGAUAAUUGAUAAAAAUGCAUCAUGUAAUGUAAAACAAUGUAUUGUAAUGCUAUAAGAUUCGAUUUUUAUAUUGUAAAUAUUAUUAAAUUGACAUCUACAAGCAACCGUUAUGGCAAGCCUUUUCUCAAGAUACCCUAAAUAUAUUUAUUCAACUUUUACUAUAAUACAUAAUCAUUGUUUUCGAAACAUUUUAAUAGAAAACAAAUUUCUAACUAUAAAAUCCUGUAAUAGUUGGUCAACAAUUGAUCAAAGGCACAAAACACACAAAGUACACAGAAGUGAUUCGGGCGAUGGAGACUUUGAUACAUCUAAACUUAAACUUAUUUCAAAAUUAAACUUAUCUGAAGAAGAUGCACUUCCUUUUUCCAAAUUGCCCACUAGGAGCCUAUUACAAAUUUACAAUUGUACAAAAAGUGAUGAGAAAAUGGGUUUUUGUAAAAACAGAUUGUAUUAUAUAUCAUCUCGACUUAAAUGUCGUCCAGAUAUGUUAAGGGAAUCAUUAGCUAAAAGGACUUUUAUUUAUAACUUACCAUUUGACUGGCUUGAAAGCUCUUUGAAUGUUUUACUGGAUAUGGAAGUAAGUUCUGAACGUAUAUUGAGAGAUUUAUGGGUUCUAAAAUAUCACCCUAAAACUAUUCAGGAAAGACUCCAGAAAGUCAAAAGUAUGGGAGUGGAAACUCUGUAUCCAUGGAUGGUAAGAUGUACGGAGCAAAUUUUAAAUAGGUAUAUUGAAAUAUUAAAAGAGACAAAAACCAUUCUUGGUGAAAACCAGUCUACACAACUGUACUUAGCAAAUAGAUUGAAUGUUUCUCCCAAGUAUGUGGAAGAAAUGUGUGAAAAAGUGCCAGCACUAAGAACUAUUAGAGUAACUAAGCUAAAGUCAUUUUUGGAUUUCCUGAUUAGUGAAGGAUUUACUAUUGAAGAUAUUGCAAGGAGACCUAGAGUAUUAAUUGCAUCUCAGAAGACUGUACAACAACGCCUUGAGAAACUGAGAAGUUUAGGCCUGAAAGAAAUUAAUUUAAAUACAGUAUCUAGAAGUAGAAAGGACUUUAAAAAAUAUUUUGUAUCAUUAGAAUCUGUUUUAGUCCAAAACUAGUAAUUGUGUAUUAUUUUUAAAUUAUUUUGAGAUUAAAUACAGUUUUUGUCUUUGA